AUGGUGGUAAAUCAAAAGGUUAUGGUGGUAGAUCAAAAGGUCAUAGUGGUAGAUCAAGAGGUCAUAGUAGUAGAUCAAAAGGUCGUGAUAGUGGAUCAAGAGGUUACAGUAAUGAAUCAAGAG